AUGGACGCAGACCCCCCCGCGCCUCAAACCGAGGUCCCUGUCAAGGCACCGGAACCUGAAGAUAAAGCCCCCCCUACCUCGGCAGAACCUGCCUCUGGUGUUGUUGCUGAGAUGUCUGGUGCUCUGCCCACCGAACAACCAACUGAGACAAAUCCAGCCGAGGUCACAGAUACUACCGCUGCCAAUGGCGCCGUCGAUUCUGGCCCACGGCCUCCAACGGAACCCCAAGAGCCUCUCGCCGAACCGGAGGCUACAGCUCCAGCUACCGGUGACACAGAAACGAAGGAAGAGGAUGAGGCUGAGCCUGCUCAACUAGAGACCAAUGGAACUCCUGCUGAAAAGAAAUCAUCUUCGUCAAAGAGGAAAUCUUCAUCUGGCGUCGCCGAUCACAAAGGCAAGAAGCUCAACAAGAAGAAGUCCAUGACCAAGGUCACCCACCUUGAUGCCAAACCUGGCGAAUACUACUUUGCUCGGCUAAAGAGCUAUCCUCCAUGGCCAUCCAUCAUUUGCGACGAGGAGAUGCUUCCUGAGAUUCUCCUCAACACCAGACCCGUCACCACCAAGAAAGCGGACGGGACUUACAAUGAGGCAUAUGCAGACGGAGGUAAGAAGGAGGCUGAUCGAACAUUUCCCGUCAUGUUCCUGUACACCAAUGAAUUUGCUUGGAUUCACAACACCGACCUCACACCAUUAAACCCUGAAGAGUGCAAAGACGUGCCGGAGAAAGGCAAAUCAAAAUCAUUGCUUGCGGCCUAUCAAGUCGCAGCCGAGGGAAACGAUCUCCAAUUCUUCAAGAACAUGCUCGAUGACCAUGCUGCCGCCAUGCAGGCUGAAAUUGAUGCCAAAGAGGCCCGGGCCGCUGAGAAGGCUGCCAAGGCUGAAAGGAAGAAGCGGAAGAGUGAAGCCAAGGCGGAUACUGAAGAUGUUGACAUGGACGAUGCCGAUGCGGUGGCAGAGCCUAAGAAGUCAUCGAAGAAACGCAAGAAGGAGAUUGACAGUGACGACGAAGAGUCGGAGAAGCCUGCAAAGACUCCCAAAACCACCAAGAUCAAGUUGACCACCAACAAAACCCCCAAGACUGACGAGAAGAAACCCAAGGAGAAGGCCACCAAGGCUAAAGCGGAGAAGAGAAAGUCCAAGGCUGCUACAAGUGACGAAGAGAUGGUCGAUGCGGGCGAACCAGAGCAGGAGGAGAAACAUCUGGACCCUGCUGAGGCACGCAAAGCCCGUGAGAAAGAAGUUCUCUUCCUCCGACACCGACUCCAGAAGGGAUUUCUGUCUCGAGAGCAAGCGCCUCAAGAAGAAGAAAUGCCACAAAUGUCAACGUUUAUCAAGAAGCUUGAAGGCUAUGCCGAUUUGGAAGUUAGCAUCAUUCGCAACACCAAGAUCAACAAGGUCUUGAAAGCUCUGAUCAAACUCAACACCAUCCCUCGGGAUGAAGAAUUCCAAUUCCGAAAGCGUUCGGUUGAACUUUUGUCCCAGUGGAAUAAGAUACUUGGCGCUGAACCGGCUGAUGCAGAGCCCAGUGGGGACAAGGAGGAAAAAGCAUCACCGACCACCAAUGGUGUUCAUGAUGAAAGGUCCGAGGAGGCCCCUGAAGAUAAAAAAGAGGAGGCUCCAGCUCUGACUGAAAAGCCUGACGAAGCAUCCGAAGAGAAGCCAGCCGAGCCUGAGGUUGACAAGCCAGAGACUGAUGAAAUCAAGGAACCGGAGACGCCAGCGAUGGAAGAACCAAAACCAGCUCCAGUGGAAGAGCCUCCAAAGCCCGAAGUGACUGCUCCGGACACCGUUGACAAAGCACCCGAGUCGGCUGAAGCUAUCGAGGCGACGGAAUAA